UAUUUUGCAAUUAUUCAGAUAUUGACAUGGAAUGCAACUUUUCAGUUUUGUUGUUUUAUAUUUCUUUGUUUUUGUGUGUUGGAGUGGGUUAUGGUUUGGGAAGCUAAGAAUAAGCCAUGGAGGAAGUGGGGGUAGAGAGGAAUUGCAUAUACAGAAACCCAAAGGAACCUGUAGAAGCUCGAGUCAAAGACCUGCUUUCUCGUAUGACUUUGGAAGAGAAAAUUGGCCAAAUCACCCAAAUCGAACGCCGCGUUGCCACCUCCGAUACAGUUACCCACCUCUGCAUUGGCAGUAUGCUGAGUGCCUGUGGCAGUGGGCCACCUAAUGAGGCCUUAUCGUCGGAUUGGGCCGAUAUGGUGGACGGCUAUCAGAAAUGGGCCCUCAACUCACGGCUUGGGAUACCUCUCAUAUAUGCGAUUGAUGCUAUCCAUGGUAACAGCAGUGUGUAUGGUGCUACUGUAUUCCCUCACAACGUUGGGCUUGGUGCUACCAAAGAUGCAGAUUUGGCUCAAAAGAUUGGAAUUGCAACAGCCCUUGAAGUUAGAGCAAGUGGCAUUCACUGUACUUUUGCUCCAUGUGUGGCUGUGUGCAAAGAUCCAAGAUGGGGUAGAUGCUAUGAGAGUUACAGUGAAGACACAGAAAUUGUAAGAAAGAUGACGUCCAUUGUUACAGGCUUGCAGGGGCAGCCACCGGCGGGACACCAGCAAGGCUAUCCUUUUGUUGCCGGAAGGGACAAUGUUAUUGCGUGUGCCAAGCAUUUUGUGGGAGAUGGAGGUACAAAGGACGGUAUAAAUGAAGGAAAUACCGAAGGUCCGUACGAUGACUUAGAGAGGAUUCAUAUGGAGCCUUAUGUGGACUGCAUUUCUCAAGGUGUUUCCACUAUAAUGGCCUCCUAUUCUAGCUGGAAUGGAACUAAAUUGCACGCUCACCGUUAUCUCUUGACAGAUGUUCUCAAAGAUAAGCUAGGUUUUAAGGGUAUUGUUAUUUCUGAUUCAAAAGGUGUUGAUCGGCUUAUGCAAUCUCAUGGCGACUACCGCAAUUGCAUCGCAGUGGCCAUUAAUUCAGGAAUUGAUAUGGUGAUGGUGCCAUAUGAGUACCAAAUAUUUAGGGAAAACUUAUUGUCAUUAGUGGAAUCAGGGGAGGUACCAAUGACCAGGAUAGAUGAUGCUGUUGAAAGAAUUUUGAGGGUCAAAUUCAUUGCUGGACUUUUCGAACAUCCUUUUAGUGACAGAUCUUUGCUCCAUGUAGUUGGUUGCAAGCAACAUAGAGAGCUGGCACGAGAAGCAGUUAGGAAGUCAUUGGUUUUGUUGAAGAAUGGAAAGAAAUCAAAUGAGCCUUUUCUUCCAUUAGACAAAAAAGCCAAGACAAUUCUUGUCGCCGGAACACAUGCUGAUAAUCUUGGAUAUCAGUGUGGAGGGUGGACCCGUAAAUGGCAAGGACGAAGUGGCAGGAUUACACAAGGCACAACAAUCCUGGACGCUAUAAAGGAAGCGGUAGGAGAAGAAACAGAAGUAAUUUACGAGGAAUCUUUGUCGAUAGAAACCUUAACAAGACAAGAUAUAUGCUAUGCUAUUGUGGCUGUUGGUGAAGGACCAUAUGCAGAAUCUUCUGGUGAUAAUAAAGAGCUUGUCAUCCCCUUCAAUGGGGCUGAAAUCAUAAACAUGGUGGCGGAAAGAAUUCCAACGUUGGUGAUUAUUGUAAGUGGAAGACCUUUAGUUUUAGAGGCAUGGAUGUUGGAUAAGAUAGAUGGUCUAGUUGCUGCUUGGUUGCCUGGUACUGAAGGAGGAGGAAUUGCUGACCUUAUCUUUGGAGAUUAUGAUUUCCAUGGAAAAUUACCAAUGGCAUGGUUUAAAAGUGUUGGCCAACUUCCAAUGGAUGUGGCCGAUGAUAAGGCCUAUGACCCUUUGUUUCCUCUUGGCUUUGGGCUAUCUCUCUAAUGCCUUUAUUAUAAAUAAUUAAGAUCUAAGUACCUCUUAAAACAUUAUUAUCUUAUUCACUUGAGGGUGCUUUUUCAUUGGUGUUUGAGGGGUUAUUCAUGUAUUUAUUAAUAUUACUGAUAGUUUUUUUUUUUGGGACAAAAUCUUUCUAAUAGGUAUUAUAU